AGUGAAUAAGUUAGUCAUCUUUGUCUUCGUCUUCAGUUGAGCUAUCGGAGUCAAACUACCAGUUGAGGAUGGCAAAUAAUCAGAACGGAAGGCACACAAUCAUCCUGUUGCAAAACUCACCAAGCAGAGCUACGAGGACGUUCAUGGACUAUGAUUCUAUAGGCCAAGCUAUCGACGGUAUCUGCGGCUUAUACGAAAGGAAGCUGAAAGAAAUCAACCCAUCCCUCAGGAAUCUUAGUUAUGACAUUGCUGAUCUUUACAAUUUUAUCGAUGGUCUUACUGACCUGAGCGCUAUGGUCUAUGAAAAUUCGAUGAAUGCUUAUAUGCCAUAUGACAGGCAGUGGAUUAAGCACAAGGCGUUUCACCAUCUCAAGAAACUUGCCAGUGGAGGCAGAUAAAUAAGAACCAUCAUUUGAAGAACAUAUUAAAACUUAAGAGAGGCUACUCAAAACAUUAUUAUUACCCUUUUGAUGUAAUAAUUUCCUAAUGUAACAAUAUGUUAUAUGCAUUCAAAGAAUAUGAUGUUGUGGUCCUUGUAUGUGUGUUAACCUUGAACACUAGUAUUGUUAU